AUGAGUUCCGUUUAAAAAGAAUUAGAUAAUUCAAAUUGUAACGGAAGAGGAUUGUAUUAGGAAUAAACCUGCCAAUGCGAUUUAGGCUAUUUUGGAGUGGAUUGUUCAUAAAAAUUAGAGGAACUUCAUGUUGCCUCCUAUUUUACAUUUAUCGGAUUGUUUCUAAUUCUUUUUAUGCUGCUACUAGUUUUCACUGUGAAACAACUUCAAAUAUCCCUAAAGACCAAUAAAAUCCCAACUUAUUAAAGGUACUAAACAGCUAAUUAUGCUUUGUAGAGGAUUGAGUUAUCUAAAGAAUUUUCUAGGUUCUCCAUUAAAUUGCAUUCUGUGUUUAACACUCCUAUUCAAUGUUUUGAAAAUCGUAUGGCUCAUAUUGGAUCCAUUCCAACCAUUUGUAACAUUCAUCAAUAAGGUAGGAUGGUGACAAAAGGGUGUUUGAAAGAAUCCUCGCAGAAGUAGUGUACACAAUCCUGUUCUACAUCUAUGGAAUCCUAUUAAUGGUUUGGUACACCAUGUACGAUGAAAUCUCAUUCAAUGUUAUAGAGAGAAACAACAACUCGAAAUCUCAAUCAGUAUUUAAAGAUGAAUUAAAAAUUGAAACCAGAAAGUGGAUAUUCGUAUACUAUAAGGACAUCAUGAAAAUAAGGCUCUUCUUUGUGUUUUUGAUACAAUUAACAAUCAGUACAUUAAAUGGUAACUUGAUUAUCUAAUUAGGAUUAAGAUUAAGUUAGUAAUAUAAAACUAUCCUUUACAUAGCAUAUGCAAUUUUACUGUUGAAUUUCAUGUAUUAUUGAAAUUUAUAUACAAAGUUCCUUCAUAUUUGAAUUCUUUCUCUAUGGAAAAUUGCUGAAUCAAUGUAUCGAAUCUCAAUUAAAGAAAUUGGACAGGGAUAGUAAGGAGAAGAACAUAGAGGAAGUUGAGAAGAAUAAUGAGGAACAAUUCGCACAAGGAAAUUAGCAGCAAUAAGUAAGAAUUUUAACAAUUUCAAAAAGAUUGUAUUCUCAAAGAGUUCAUUAGGAAUUUAAUAGGAUGAGUAACUUUAAUCUCCAGAGACUCAAGAUUAAUAAGUCUUGAGACUGAGUUCGUAGAGUGGAAGUGAGGACAACAAUGAAUAAGUGUCGACAUUGAGAGCCAUCGUCUCAAUUGAAAAAUUAAAUCUUUCCAAUAUCAAAAAGUCUGUCUCCUUUAAGAAACAACAGAAUUCUAUGAAUGAACUACCAGAUCAGCCUUUUAAAAUCAAAGUUGUUCAAAGUUCCUAUGAUUUAGAGCCUAAUAAAGAUGCACAGAAAAAUCAUUUGAAAACAAUAGUGAGUGAAGAGUCAUAGAGUUCUAAAGAUGAGGGAGCAUUUCAUCAGAAAGUUAAUUCUUGUUUAUUGAAUGAAGAUGAUGAUACCAAUUAGGAGAACGGAAAGUGGGACAUUGAUAAAAACAGAUAGAACAUUAGAAAGAUUAAGAAUAUGCAAAUAAAGAUUGUCGAGAAAACUAAAUAGUAAGUGAUUGAGACAAAAAAGUUUAAGAAGGCUACUCUAAAGAUUAAUAAUAGGGAGACCUUAUUCGAUGCUCAAGUGAGUGAUGAAAGGAAGACUAAGGUUUUAUCGGGAGAGGACUAUUAAUAAGAAAUAUAGGCAUAGUAGAAAUAAAUAAGAACAGCCAACCUUAAUGCAGAUAAAAAAGUGAUCGUCAAAAUACAAAUAUUAAUUUAUGCAGGUGUAUUCUUAGAGAUUUGUUUUGGCUCAUUAUCUAUUGUGAUUUUAUUAACAGAUCUAUUAAAAACAGCUGCAGGUAAGUAUUGAUACAAUUUAUGUAGGCACUCUUUGUUAUUUAUAUAUCUCAGCUAUGUUGUAGUAUCUAUCUCUGAUUACUGUGUUGAAAUUGUUUAGAGAUGUGAGAAGUCAAGAAGUUUUGAAUCUAAUUUGGAUACAAAAGGUUGGCAAUGGCAAAAAUAAAAUCAAUCAAAAGUAUUUCUUUACAAUCCCACAAUAAUAAACCAAAAUAGAUGAUUCAAAGAAGAAAUUUGAAUAAAGAAUCAAUAUGCAUAUUAGAUGA